AUAGUCUGUGUGUGAGUGAGAGAGAGAGUGAGUGUAUGUGAACGAGAGCGAGCGAAUGUGUGUGAGAGAGAAAGUGUGUGUGAACGAGAGUGAAUGAGUGUGUGUGACAGAAAGACCGUGUGUGUAAAGAUAGAGAAAGUGAAUAAUGUGUGCGUGUGUGAGAGAGAAAGAGAGUUAUUUUCGCACCAGAAGGGACUGAUAUAUGUCUCUGUGUCUAACCAGAUACGUCUUAGUUCUUUCUUUCAUUUGCUUUUUUUUUAAUUAUUUUCAUUUAUACAUUGUAUCAUUUACUAUGUAUAUGUAAUAUUUUUUGUAAAUUUAGAAGGAAGCAAUUGAAAAUUUCAAACUUGGAGAAUUGUGGGAUAGCUUUGAAGAAUGGAGUGCAUAUGGUGUUGGUGUUCCAUUAACUUUGAAUAAUCACAAUGUUACUCAAUAUUAUGCUCCCUAUUUAUCUGCCAUACAGAUUUAUACAGUCCAAUCUCCAACAACUCUUAGGUAUAUAUCUAAAUUUUAUCAACAUUUUAUUUGUUACUUUCAUAUAGUUUUUAUUUUUUUAUUUUAUUUUUUAUGUUUGAGAUUUUAUCGUAAUAUUUUUAUGGUGAUUUACUAAUCUUAAUCGUAGUCUGAAUUUAACUCUAAAUUUUUUACAAGUACCUUUUUUGAGAAUUUAUCGUAAUACUUUUAUAGCGACUAAAUAACUAAUAUCAUGAGAUUUUACGACCCUAGAUUUCAUCUGCUACUUUCACAAUUUUUUUUGAGAAUUUACAGUAAUAUUUUUAUGGUGAUUUACUAAUUGUAAUUCUAGUCUGAAUUUUACCCUAGAUUUUUAGCAAGUACCUUUUUUUAGAAUUUAUCGUAAUACUUUUAUAGCGAUUAAAUAAUUAACUAUUUUUAGAUUUUACCCUAGAUUUCAUCUGCUACUUUCACAACUUCUUUGAGAAUUUAUCGUAAUAUUCUUAGGGCGAUUGAGUAAUCCAAAUUCUUAUAUGGAUUCAACCCUAGAUUCCGUCUGCUACUUUUAUAAAGUAUUUUUUUUUUGAAAAUUUAUCGAGAUUUCUUAUAUUACUUUGAUUAAGUGCUUUUUUUUUGAGAAUUUAUCGUAAUAUUUUUAGGGCGAUUUGAGUAUACCAAAUUCUUAUAUGGAUUUAACCCUAGAUUCCACCUGCUACUUUUAUGAAGUAUUUUUUUUGUUGAAAAUUUAUCGAGAUUUCAUAUAUUACUCUCAUUAAGUGUUUUUUUUUUAGAAUUUAUCGUUAUAUUCUUAUGACGAUUUUUAUAAGUUUAGUUUUUGUAUGGAUUUUAACCUAGAUUCUAUUUCCUACUUGCAUAAAGUACUUUCUUGUGAAUUAAUCGUAAUGUUCUUAUGGUAAUUUAAUUAUCUCAAUUCUUAUAUGAAUUUACCUUAGAUUUCGUCUGCUACUUUCAUAAAGUAUUUUUCUUUUAAAAAAUUAUCAAAAUUUCGUAUGUUAAUACUCUCAUUAAGUAUUCUUCUUAGAAUUUAUCGUACUAUUCUUAUGACAAUUUUAAUAACUGAAUUUUAUCCUAGAUUUCGUCUGCUACUUUCUUAUACACAAAAUAUUUUUUUUCAGUUCCUGCAAAAUCAUACCAAAAAACAAUAAUUCAGAAACUUCAAGUGAUAAUAAUAAUUUAUCAAAUUUCAAUACUGAGACAAUGGAAUAUUCAAAAAAUCAACUUGGCUAUCUCUAUCUUGAAUAUUCUGAUGUUUGUGCUUAUACUUGGAGACACCCCUUAAUAGAUAAGGUAGCUCAAAUAUACUCCCAAAAUCCUGGAAUUGUCAAACUAAACAGUGUUGAUUUGUCUCCAGCAAGUUGGAUGGCUAUUACUUGGUCUCCAAUUGGCUAUAUACCAUUGCUUGGGUUGAGAAAAAGGGUGCCAACAUAUUUCAUUACCUAUCAUACCUUAUCAUCACUAUUUCAAGAGAACACAAAUGAUGAAACAAAAGAAGGUGUUUCAAUGCUUAAGAAGAAAAAUAGUGGAAUUCCUCUUCCACCUUUUGGUAUUGCAUCUUAUAAGAUGCAAAAUGAUGUUUACAUGGACAAAGCUCAAGCUAUUACUAAAUAUGAUGAUCUUCAUGGUGCUGCAAAUUGUUGGCUAAAUCAACUUAAUUAUUACCAUCAUGAUUUUAGAGUUUUCACCUCAAAUGCAAAAAAUCUAGACUAUAUUUACUUAUUUUAAACUUAGGUUUUUUUUUUUUUUAAAAAAAAAAGACUUAUGUUGUUGUUUCUAAUUAGGGUUUGUAAUAGCUAAAAUAUAAGACUUAUGUUGUUGUUUUUAAUUUGGGUAUGUAAUAACUUAAAACUUAUGUACUAGUGGUUGUUAUGUUUUGAACU